UGACGCAAGGGUCGGUGGGGCCUCGCCGGACCCUGAUUGACGGGCUGAGGGGCGUGGGCGUGGGCGUGGUCGGGGCGAGGUCACCUGUCAAAGUCCUUAGGAGCCGCUGUGCCAGGUGGCCGUGUGCGUGGCGUCUGAGUGCACGACGAUGCGGAAAGUGGUUUUGAUCACCGGGGCUAGCAGUGGCGUUGGCCUAGCCCUCUGCAGGCGGUUACUGAAGGAAGACGAUGAGCUUCACCUGUGCUUGGCGUGCAGGAACCUAAGCAAAGCGGAAGCUGUCCGUGAUGCUCUGCUGGCCUCCCACCCCACCGCUGAGGUCAGCAUCGUGCAGGUGGAUGUCAGCAGCCUGCCGUCGGUGUUCCGGGCCUCCAAGGAGCUCAAGCAAAGGUUUCAGAGAUUAGACUAUGUAUAUCUAAAUGCUGGGAUCAUGCCCAACCCACGCCUAAACAUCAAGGCACUUUUCCGUGGCCUCUUUUCAAGAAAGGUGAUUCAUAUGUUCUCCACAGCUGAAGGACUGCUGACCCAGAAUGAUAAGAUCACCGCCGAUGGGCUCCAGGAGGUGUUUGAAACCAAUGUCUUUGGCCACUUCAUCCUGGGUCUGUAUUCCAGUGUGGUGUGUCCAGGUACGAUGCUAACCAACAUAACGUAUGGGAUUCUACCUCCCUUAAUAUGGACACUGAUCAUGCCAAUCAUAUGGCUGCUUCGCUUUUUUGCAAACGCCUUCACUUUGACACCAGACAAUGGAACAGAAGCACUGGUCUGGCUUUUCCACCAAAAGCCCGAGUCUCUCAAUCCUCUGGUGAAAUAUCUGAGCGCCACCAACGGUUUUGGAAGCAAUUAUGUGACGUCGAGAAAGAUGGACCUAGAUGAAGACAUUGCUGAAAAGUUUUACCAGAACCUACUGGAACUGGAAAAGCGUAUUAGGGUCACCAUUCAAAAAACUGAUACCCAGAGCUGACAGUGCCGCUCUCUGGAAUGUUUCAUGCCUUCUGUGGGUUCUGGAGCACAUGGGUUUCCACUGGGUUGGAUGACAUGCAUUUGUGGUAAAUGGAACUAUAAUUUUCCCUUUUCCUUCAUUUCAGAAUCACCUCUAAUACUGUAUGUGUGUGUGCACAUGGGAAAAAGAUCGAUAAAAUAUUCAUUGGAUAUUCUUAAGA